AUGCCUCGUGGAACACACCGGGGCAUCUGGAAGCCUUUGCCGAAAGACAUCUUCAAGUCCCGAUGGAAAGCUUUCUACAAGCGCUGUUUCAGGCCUCGCAGCGUGGGAAACACGGUGGACAGAAGGCCGCCACACAUCCAGGCUACUUUCACCGAAGACGUGCCCUCUCCGUGGAAGUUCCAUCUAUACCCAAAGCAGGCCCCCGAGCAAACCAGCCCCCUCGACAGCACUGCCUUCAGAGCAUACAGAAGUACCAUUGGCAAUUACUUGCGGCCAGCCUACGCAGCCUCUGAGGGAACCGCAAGCGAUGUGGUCCUUCGCUGUCUGGAUGCGGGCCGUAGGGGCUCAGGCUCCUUGUCUGGGCUCGGAAGACUGGAGGCCGCCUGGGGGAUGCAAAUGGGUGGCAGUGGCAGGGACUCCCUUGCUCCGCAGCACAUACACGGAGUGCUGAAGAAGCUUUGUGGGCAGAAUCCCGACGAAGUCAUCGCCAAGCAGACCCGGUUCUUCCAGGUCAGGAGGUUAAUGCACUUGCUGGAAGAGCAGGACGACACGCAAGGGAUAUGCGAUUGCGUAGAGUUGAUCACCGGAGCUUCUCCAGAAGCCUUGCUGCAGUGCUGCACAGGAAAUCGUUUGGUCAAGUGGCAGGCGUUUGCAAACGAGGCUAGCCGCCAG